AUGGGCAACCUAUGGUUUCGGGGACCUUCGUUCCUGUACAGAACGGAAGACGAGUGGCCGGAAAAUCGUCGGUUCACCACGGCAACCGAAAUAACGAAUGCACAGCAUGCCCAAUGGCAAACUCCGAAGUCUCUCAUCGACGUUACUCGCUUCAGUAAGUGGGAAAGGCUCCAACGGACACAAGCGUACGUGAUCCGUUUCAUCGAAAAUCUUAAUCGCUCACGGAAAGGAGAACGCCCUCUACACGGCGUAUUAUCACAAAAGAAACUGGAACAAGCUGAGAAACUACUGUGGAGGCAGGCUCAAAUUGAGUUUUACGCAGCAGAGAGACGAACCUUGCUGGAAAACCAAAAGUAUGCGCAGGCGCAGCAUAAUCUGGUAUCUAAGACGAGCAUUAUCUACAAGCUGAGGCCGUAUUUAGACGAGGAUGGACUACUUCGGAUGCGGGGGAGAAUCGGAGCUGCGUGGUACGCUCCAUACGAAGCUAAGUACCCGGUAAUCUUACCAGAUACCCACCUAAUAACUUCUCUCCUUACAGACUGGUUCCACCGCCGCUACCACCACGCCAAUCACGAGACGGUCGUCAAUGAAAUGAGACAGCGAUAUGAAAUACCUAGGCUUCGGGCGCUGGUCAAACGUGUCGUGAAAAGUUGCUACAUCUGUCAACUGGCAAAGGUCACUCCUUGUCCACCUCCGAUGGCGCCGUUGCCGAAGCAAAGAUUGACUCCGUACGUGAGACCGUUUUCAUACGUUGGAGUCGACUAUUUCGGACCCCUUCUCGUCAAAGUAGGCCGAUCGGAAGUAAAACGCUGGGUCGCGUUAUUUACAUGUAUGACGGUGAGGGCGAUACACCUAGAAGUGGUGCAUAGCCUGUCCAGCGAGUCCUGCGUGAUGGCGGUUAGACGAUUCAUCGCUCGGCGGGGCGCUCCCGUCGAAAUUUUUAGCGACAACGGGACUUGCUUCGUGGGUGCGAACAAAAAACUGCAACAAGAGAUACGAUCGAUGAACGACACAUUAGCUACAACGUUCACCAACGCAAACACACAUUGGAGUUUCAACCCCCCCGCUGCGCCUCAUAUGGGUGGGGUCUGGGAACGCCUAGUUCGUUCGGUGAAACAAGCUAUCGGAACGAUCCUCGACGCCCCACGUAAACCCAACGAUGAAACAUUGGCAACAAUUCUUGUGGAUGCCGAGUCGAUGAUCAACUCACGGCCUCUAACUUACGUGCCACUGGAAACCGCUGAUGAAGAGUCGUUGACCCCAAACCACUUCUUACUAGGGAGUUCAUCGGGCGUGAAACAAACCCAGUCGGAACCGGUAGACUACCGGACGAAUCUUCGGAGCAGUUGGUCUCUUGCGCAGCAUAUCACGGAUACGAUGUGGAAGAGGUGGAGCAAAGAGUAUCUGCCAGUCAUCAGAAGGCAAGGAAAAUGGUUCGGCAAUGUUCGAGAUAUUCACGAGAGCGACUUGGUACUGAUGGUGGGAGACGCGGUGCGAAACCAGUAUGUGAGAGCGAGAGUUGAGAAGUUCAGAGGACGCGAUGGACGAGUCCGUCAAGCCCAAGUGCGUACAGCUACCGCAGUCUACAAACGGCCAGUCGUUAGAUUGGCAUUACUCGACGUGGGAUUGGACGGUGAAGCCGUCAAAGAAUCUACAUAA